AAUAUUUCAAAUUAACGCGACACCAGUGCAGGUGCUCACUUUUACAGUAACCGGGAAGGGGUUGGCUCUAAGAAUUCGCACUUCACUAGACUAUUAUAUUAUGAUACAGGAACGGCAACGCCUUCACACGCUUGCGCGGUGAAUCUCUGCGUCAAAACUUUUGAAGGCAGCACCAGGCGCACGCGGGGCCUUCAGGCCUGCAGCGCCUAGGCGGCUGAACUGUAAGAUGACGGCCUGUAAAGCCAACAUGCCGGGCUGGCGCGUGUUGCUCGCUGUGUGCGCAUUCUUGGCGCACAUGAUUCCGGCCUUCGGCCUUCGGAGCGUCAGCAUCAUCGCAAAUGCAACUGAUAUGAUUGCGGCCCUGGAGCGGUUGACGGGGCCGCCGGAUGGUCUGGAGCCCCACACACUCGUCGUGACCACGGAUAUUGUGCUCAGCCCGGCAUUCUUCCCGGAUAGCACCCAGUCCGUGGCCAUGCGCAUCCGGCAGAACGCCACCAUCGUGGGCAGCGUGCCGGGCCGCCCCGAGGCCUUCCCAGUCAUUGACCUGGCCUGGUCGUACCGGCGACUGGCCCUGGCCGCAGACGUCAUCAUGACGUGGCAACACGUGCUGGUCCGCAACUUUAGAUCCAAGUUUGGCAACGACUUUGACGUGUUUGGGUACUCGCCGGGGGCGCGGCUGUAUAUGAACGACAUGAUCCUGGAGUUCCCCUACUGCGUCCGGGCGGCGGUGAUCGUGCCGGGCAUCUCGCGCGUGCCGCGCAACAGCCGCGGGCCACCGGCGGUUGGAGCCAACGCCACGGCCGGGCAGUUUCAGGUCGCUGCCAUAUGGCCUGCACACGAGUACACCUACACGCUGGCGAAUGGCAGCCGCAUGAGCACCCCCGACGGCGCCCGAUACUACGACGUAUACGUGGAGGUGCCGAUACAAGCAGACUUCCAGGGCGCGGGCGGCUACGACGCCUACUACUACAACACCACCAGGGGUUGUGCGGCCAUGGCAACAGACGAGUGCAUCACCAGUCUGGGUGCGGCGGUGUGCUACAACACCGCAGUGCUGCAGCUGCAGGCGGCAGCCGCCAAGAACCGCUCCGCCGACGCCAGCGGCGGCGGCGACCACAGCGGGCACCAACUUGAAAUCAUCCUGCCCACAGUCAUUCUUGGCUCGCUGCUGAUCCUGGGGAUUACCGGUCUGCUGCUGUGGCUGCUGAUGGGCUCGGCGGCGCACGGCCGGCUGCACGCGAGGCGCCGCCGCCUCACGCCGCCACGGGCCGGACCUGAGACAACCCUGGUUGUGACGGACGUGGAGGGUAGCACCACGGCUUGGGAGGCGCUGCCCAGCGACAUCAUGAACUCGGCCUUGUCGCUGCACCACGCCGCCAUUCGCAAGGCGGCGCGCCGCCACUGCGGCACCGAGUUCGCCACAGAGGGUGGUAAGUCGGAUCGGGGCUACUCGUUCCUCCUUGCCUUCCACGACGCCGUCACCGCCGUGCGCUUCUGCACCGAGGCCCAGGCCACGCUGCUCGACCAGCCCUGGCCCGAGCAGCUCCUGCAGCUGCCGCAGUUGCCGGGCGCCCGGCCGGUGUGGGUCACGUGCAAGCGCGAAGCCAUGAUGACGCAGACGCUGCCCUCGCCGCUCGCGCUGGCGGCGCCGCCGGCGAUAGCCACCGCCGCGGAUGCACAGCCCAGCCCGUCAGCAAUGAGUUUGGUGGGAGGUCCCUUUCUUGGCGAUGAGGACCUGCAGAGGUUGUAUGGCAUUGACGGCAAUGGGCACGGCGGCGGCGCGAGCGCCGGCGCGGCGUCGCCGCGAGGAAUGGCUGGCAGCAGCAACUGGCGGUUGAGGCUGAGGGCGGCGGCGGUGGGCGCGACGGGUAGCCUGUUGGGGCCGCGAGGUGGCGGCGGCGGCGGCGUGGCCGCUGCGCGGCGGCGGCGGCGCAGCGUGUUGGAUGUGUACGGCGGCGGAGUGCCGUCGGUGACGGCAGGUUCGAACAACGCCGACGGCGGCAGUGUUGCCGGCGGCGGCGGCAGUGGCCACAGCCACAAGCAGCAGCAGCAGCAGCAGCAGGUGGCGGCGGAGGCAGGCGCUGGCGGCGGCACUGGCGGCAGUGCCGGUGGCAAUGGCGGCGGUGCAGGUGGGCGGCCGUUUAUUACACAGCUGCAAGAAGUGUGGACGGUGGUUGCGGAGCCGCUGUCCGCGGCGCCGGCCGGCACUGUCGCCAUCAUCUCCGCUGGCCCGACGGAGGGUUAUGAUGUGGAAGCCGCCACAAGCCCCUCAACCCGUGGCGGCGCCAUCGCCAAAGGCAGCAGGGGCGGCGGCAUUCGCCGCACGCUCACCUCGGAUCAGCUGGCAUUGGGAGACAUGGGCGCGGCGGCGGCGGCGUUGACGCUCAGCAGAGGCAGCAGCUGCGGCGGCCGCAGCAUAUGUGUGUUCCGAGGCCUGCGCGUACGCAUGGGCAUGACCAGCGGGGUGGGGCCGGAGGACGUGUUUCCAAGCAACACGGCCGGCGGCAAGCCCGAAUACGGCGGCAGGCCGCUGGCCGCGGCAAAGGCCGUGUGCGAUGCCGCGCAGGGCGGUAUGGUGCUGCUCACCGCAGAGUCCUUUCGACAGCUGGCGCUGCUCGACGACGACGAAGACGACGCCAGCCGCGGCACCGCCGCCGCAGCCGCCGCCAGACGUGCCGCCUGCGCCGCCGACCCCGCCGCCACCUCCUCACUGGUGCUACUGCACGCCGGGGACUACAGCCUACCGGCUGGCAGCGCCGCCACUUUGGCAAUGGCGGGCGCGAGCGUGUGCGGUGUGGGCAGCGGCGGCGUGGGCGGCGGCGGCGGCGGCGGAAUGGGCAUGGUUGUGCCGGGUGUGGUGAGCCUGUAUGAGGCCCUGCCGCCGGCGCUGGUGGGGCGACUGCCGCUGCUGGGGCCGCUGGGGCUGCGAGGCUGCACCAAGGUCUGCCUGGGCGCGCUCGACGCGCCCGUGGGCCGCGUGACUGUCGUGUUCAUGUACGCGGUCGGACACGCCACGCUCAGCGCCUGGAACCAGGAGGUCACGGGGCAGGCCACCCUGACCUACGGUGGCGUGGUGCAGCGCUGCCUGGGCGACUGGGGUGGCUACCUGGUCGAGCUGAGUGGCGGCGGGCUGUGCCUGGCGGCGUUUGCGGGCGCGGCGGAGGCGGUGGGCUUCGCGCUCAGUGUGAAGGACCGGCUUCUGGUGGCGGACUGGCCCGAGGCUCUGCUGGAGCACGAGCUGUGUGAGGUGGUGGAGGUGCACACCGGCAACCCAGGCGCCGCACCCGACGGCGACUCCGCAAACGCCUUUGACUACCGCGGCGGCGGCGAAGGCGAAGGCGGAGGCGGAGGCGGAGGCGGCUUUGGCAGGGAGGGCAGCAGCGAGGGCGUGGGCGGCAGGGGCGGCGGUGGAGGCGGCGCGCCGCCCAAGCUGCUGAUGCGUGGGCUGCGGAUCCGGGUGGGCAUCGACACGAGCGCGGACGUGCACACACAGAUCAGUCCCUGCACAGGGCGCAUGGAGUACCGCGGCAGGGUAAUGAACCGCGCGGCUCGCAUCGCCUCCAAGGCGCUCAGCGGUAACGUCAUGGCCAGUGAGGACUCCUGGCGCGCCGUCAAGGCCACAGCCGCAGCCGCCACCGCGGCGGCACGGCAGCACGCAGCACAGGCGCUCAAGGCGCGCAGCGCCGGCCGCGUCGAGCUCAAAGGCGUGGGCAGCCUACACCUGUACAACUGCAUCUGGCGGGAGGAGGGCGGCGCGGUCGGCCUGCCGCUGUCAGGAAUGGCGGGAGGGUCCACAGGCACGGGGCCGGGGGCGGGGGUGCUCGGCAUGUUGGUGGGAAGCACGUCGCGGCGGCGCAGCAGCGCCACUGCCAGCGCACACCUCACAAGCCGGUUGGGACAGGCCCUGGUGUCGACUUGCUCCGCCAUCGACGACACGCAGCACGAGGACGUGGGUGCGGAUCCCAGCUACCACACCACCACCACGGCGACCGCCGCCGGCACGCGGCCGGCACUGCAGUCGGUGGGGGUGCAGGUGCAGCUGCUGCAGCCGCCAGUGGCGCCGCCGCCGCCAGACGCGGUGGCGGUGGUGCCGGCGGUGGGCGUUGUCGCUGCGGCGCCAGUGGUGGAGCAGGCGGAUGCCUCCACACAGACGGAGCCCGCGCGGGACGCUGCGUAGGAAGGCUUGGGCUUUUGGAGGGUGAGAGAUGUGGCAGAGCCAGCGCUUGGUACAUUUUUGAUGCGAUCAAUCGCGUAGAAGAUUCUAUAUUGCAAGUUGCGAGGCGUUGCCGACUCGGUCGGCCCGCCGCCGCCACACGGAACGCGUCAAUCGAUUGCUGCAACUCGGGCAGCCGCUUGAUUCCAUUUGUUGAAUUGGUUUUGCGCUUCAGUUUCUUUGUUGCACAACCCCGUUGCCGCCUAGCUGGCGGCACGGUUUGCACGUAUGAAGGCACGACCGGAGUCACCGGACCAGUGGCAGGGUCGCCUGGUACGCCUGGUGCGUCUGGUUUCUGACCCAACGGCCACCGGAACGCAUGGUCCAAAGAACGCAUGAUGGGCAUGUUGCAGCAUUAAUUUCAAUGUGCCUCGGGCCCUCACAGGCAUGUUCUUUCAGCCAUGUCUCAUGCAGUUUUGCAUACUAAGGCAUUCGGUGCAUGUCGGUGCAUGUCGUUCCUAGAUUCGGGCGCGGUUAUUCUUCUCGAUACUCUUUCCUGAUGGGAGGUGAUGCCUAUCAUUGUGUUGUGCCCAUCAGCAGGGCGUGUGCGGCUGCGGGUUUGUGGUCUGAUGUUCAGAGUGUUUGGAGCCUCCUAAGUUUGCGACGUUACCGAGAGGACAAUCUGAGCGUGCCAGCACGCAGAGACCAUUGAUUGCUGUUCCGAAGGCUGCCAUGCCUUGCAGCUCGUCGUAGUGUGUGUGUUGUUUCGCUGCGAGUACCCUCGCCAUGCGUCGCGUGGUGCCGUGUGUGCCGUGGCGGUCGAGGUGGCGCGGUUGCGAUUGCGGUGCGCGGGUAUAAGAAGUGGGCUGUGAUGGGCAGGCGCUUUCUUCUGCGCCCACGGCAAUGGAAAUUCAAUUCCAUCCCCUGAUUGCGAACAGAACUUGGAGAGAUUUCCGCCUGGGAGUGCGGCGGUGUUAGCUCAAAAUUUUAAGUGGCU